UUGUUAUUUGGUGGAUUGUGGCAGUAAAUCGGGCGAGUGGGGAACCGGGCGCAGGAACUGCCGCCGCGGCCGGGACUGGUGCUGCCCGGACUGGGGCCCACGGGGGUCAGUGGGGCGGAGGACUCGGGGGCUGACAGCGCGCACUUCACCCGCAGUUGCGACUGAGAAGAUAGCUCGUUGAGCUGGAACCCCACAGAUCACCAGUGAAAAUGAAGGCGGCGGAUGAGCCUGCCUACCUGACAGUGGGAACUGAUGUCAGUGCCAAGUACCGAGGUGCCUUCUGUGAGGCAAAAAUUAAGACUGUGAAAAGGCUGGUAAAAGUUAAGGUACUCCUGAAACAGGAUAAUACUACACAAUUGGUGCAAGAUGACCAAGUAAAGGGUCCCUUAAGAGUUGGAGCCAUUGUUGAAACAAGGACAUCUGAUGGAUCCUUUCAGGAAGCUGUUAUCAGCAAGCUGACAGAUGCUAGUUGGUAUACUGUGGUGUUUGAUGAUGGUGAUGAGAGAACAUUGAGACGUACCUCACUAUGCUUAAAAGGAGAGAGACAUUUUGCUGAGAGUGAGACUCUUGACCAGCUUCCAUUAACAAAUCCAGAGCAUUUUGGAACUCCAGUAAUUGCAAAGAAGACGAACAGAGGAAGGAGGUCCUCUCUGCCUGUUAACGAAGAUGAAAAAGAAGAAGAAAGUAGUGAAGAGGAAGAUGAAGAUAAGCGACGUCUCAAUGAUGAAUUAUUAGGAAAAGUUGUAAGUGUGAUAUCUACAUCUGAGAAGAGUGAAUGGUAUCCUGCUUUGGUAGUAUCUCCCAGUUGUAAUGAUGAUAUCACAGUGAAAAAAGACCAAUGUUUAAUUCGGUCAUUUAUCGAUUCUAAAUUUUAUUCUAUAGCAAGAAAGGAUAUCAAGGAAGUAGACAUUCUCAAUCUACCUGAAUCUGAGCUCUCUGCUAAACCAGGGCUGCAGAAAGCAAGCAUCUUCUUAAAAACUAGAGUUGUUCCUGAUAAUUGGAAAAUGGAUAUAAGUGAAAUCCUUGAGUCAUCCAGUAGUGAUGAUGAAGUUGGCCCUGCUGAAGAAAAUGAUGAAGAGAAGGAAAAGGAGGCCAAAAAGGAAGAAGAAGAGAUGCCUGAGGAAGAACCUGAUCCUGAAGAGAGGGACAGCUUCCUUCAACAGCUUUAUAAGUUUAUGGAAGACAGAGGUACUCCAAUCAACAAACCACCUGUUUUGGGCUAUAAAGAUCUCAAUCUCUUCAAACUCUUCAGACUGGUUUAUCAUCAAGGUGGAUGUGACAAGAUUGAUAGUGGUGCUGUAUGGAAGCAAAUUUAUAUGGACCUUGGCAUUCCUAUUUUGAAUUCAGCUGCUUCCUACAAUGUAAAAACUGCUUAUAGAAAGUAUCUCUAUGGUUUUGAGGAGUACUGCCGUUCUGCAAAUAUUCAGUUCAGAACUAUUCACCACCAUGAACCAAAAGUAAAAGAGGAAAAAAAAGACUUAGAAGAAUCCAUGGAAGAGGCUUCAAAAGUAGAUCAAGAAAUGCCUUUAGUAGAAGUGAAGAGUGAACCUGAGGAAAAUAUUGAUUCAAACAGUGAAAGUGAAAGAGAAGAAACAGAAUUAAAAUCUCCAAGGGGACGAAGGAGAAUUGCUCGAGAUGCAAAUUCUAUUAAAAAGGAAAUUGAAGAAGAGAAAACAGAAGACAAAUUAAAAGAUAAUGAUACAGAAAAUAAGGAUGUAGAUGAUGACUAUGAAACUGCAGAGAAAAAAGAAAAUGAGUUACUACUGGGGAGAAAAAAUACACCAAAGCAAAAGGAGAAGAAAAUUAAAAAGCAGGAGGAUUCUGACAAAGACUCAGAGGAAGAGGAAGAGAAGAGCCAAGAGAGGGAAGAAACUGAAAGCAAAUGUGACUCUGAAGGGGAGGAAGAUGAGGAAGACACAGAACCUUGCCUAACAGGAACCAAAGUGAAAGUAAAAUAUGGACGAGGGAAAACGCAGAAAAUAUAUGAAGCCAGUAUUAAAGGCACUGAAAUUGAUGAUGGAGAAGUUUUAUACUUGGUACAUUACUAUGGAUGGAAUGUCAGGUAUGAUGAAUGGGUGAAGGCUGACAGGAUAAUCUGGCCGUUGGACAAAGGUGGACCAAAGAAAAAACAGAAGAAAAAAGCUAAAAACAAAGAAGACAGUGAAAAGGAUGAAAAGAGGGAUGAGGAGAGGCAGAAGUCAAAACGGGGACGACCUCCUUUAAAAUCUACUCUUUCAUCAAACAUGCCAUAUGGUUUGUCUAAGACUCCAAACAGCGAUGGAAAAUCAGACUCCUGUUCAUCUGAUAGUGAAACAGAAGACCUUUUAGAAAAGAAUUUGAUGAAUGAAGAACUUUCUCCUGAUAUUAAAGAAGAAUUAGAAAAAAAUGAAAGUUUAAGUGAUGAUAAACUAGAUGAAGAAAAUCCAAAGACUGCUGCACAUAUAUUAAAAGAAAAUGAUAGGACUCAAAUGCAGCCUUUAGAAACCUUGAAGUUAGAAGUUGGAGAGAAUGAACAAAUGGUACAGAUUUUUGGAAAUAAAGUGGAACAAGUAGAAGAAGUUAAGAAAGAGGCAGAAAAAUCUCCUAAAGGAAAGGGAAGACGGAGCAAGACAAAAGAUCUUUCUUUAGAAAUUAUAAAGAUUUCAUCAUUUAGCCAGGAUGAAGCAGGAUCUGAACCUCAUACAGAAGCUCAGAGUAUAGAAUUUUCUUCAUUAGACAGUAAAAACUUUUCUUCUGCUACAGAAGAUGAAAUUGACCAAUGUGCAAAAGAAAAAAAGUUGAAACGGAAAAUACUGGGACAGUCAUCACCAGAGAAAAAAGUAAGAAUUGAGAAUGGAAUGGAAAUGACAAAUAGCAUUUCUCAAGAAAGGACUGGUGAUUGUGUUACAUCUGACGGAAUGAAAAACUUAAAUUUUGAACAACACUUUGAAAUAGAAAAUGAGGGAAUGCCAUCAUUAAUAGCAGAGCCAAACCAAUGCAUUCAAGAAUUGACUAAAGAAAAAUUUGAUAGUCCAGCUGAAGAAACUAUAAAUACUCCUCUAAAAGAAGAAGAGGAUGCAAUGCCUCUGAUUGGGCCGGAAACCUUGGUUUGCCAUGAAGUAGAUUUGGAUGAUUUGGAUGAAAAGGAUAAGACCAGUACUGAGGAUGUAGUAGUUGAAAGCUCUGAAUCUAACUCUCUUGUUUCUAUUCCACCUGCCCUACCUCCUGCAGUACAACAUAACUUUUCAGUAGCUUCACCACUUACUCUCAGCCAAGAUGAGUCUCGAAGUAUAAAAAGUGAGAGUGACAUAACCAUUGAGGUCGAUAGUAUUGCUGAAGAAUCUCAAGAAGGUCUCUGUGAGAGGGAAUCAGCAAAUGGAUUUGAAGCCAGCGUUGCCUCUGGUACCUGUAGUAUAAUUGUUCAAGAAAGAGAGAGCAGAGAGAAGGGUCAGAAAAGGCCAAGUGAUGGAACUAGUGGAUUAUUGGCAAAAAAGCAGAAGCGAACCCCAAAGCGAACAAGUGCUGUGGCCAAAAAUGAAAAGAAUGGAGCAGGACAAAGCAGUGAUAGUGAAGAUCUUCCUGUCCUAGACAAUUCAAGUAAAUGUACCCCAGUAAAGCAUCUUAGUGUAUCUAAGCCCCAGAAGCUUGCACGAUCUCCUGCAAGAUUAUCCCCUCACAUCAAAGAUGGAGAAAAAGAUAAACAGAAAGAAAAACAUCCGAAUUCAUCUCCUCGGACAUAUAAGUGGAGUUUUCAACUCAAUGAAUUAGAUAACAUGAACAGUACGGAGAGAAUCUCUUUUCUCCAAGAAAAACUACAGGAAAUCAGGAAGUAUUACAUGUCUUUGAAGUCUGAAGUUGCAACCAUAGAUAGGAGGAGAAAAAGAUUAAAAAAGAAAGACAGAGAAGCUGGUAACCAAGCUGAUGCUCAUUCCUGGAAGGAGAUUGAAAGAUUCCUCUGGAGAAACUGGUCAGCCCAAGGGAAGUGAUCUAACAUAGAUACCAGCAUUUGGAGGUUCCUGAACCAAAAAGCAAAAUCCUUACAAAUCACUAUGUGUGCACUGCCCAACAUUUAAAAGCCGGCGGCCUCAUGUAUAGCCUCCAGUUAGCUUUUUAAUGCUCCCCCUUUAGUAUGGAAGCCACAAGACCAGAUGUUUGAGGAAAGCCUUUACAUAAAGACAGAAACCAAAAUAUUCAAUAGAAAAAAGGAACUUGGACAAUGUGCCAUAUAAAAACAAACUAUAAUUAAUAUCCAGAGUUACAGGAAAGAUAUUGCAGUCCUGAAACAAGAAUAUGAUACUAUCAAUGAAAUUCAGAGAACAUGAAGGAUCUCUUAAAAAAUUAAAAAUAUGAUAUUUGGAAUGAAAAAUAAAUAAAUAGAAGGGUAAGAUAGCAAGGCUAAAGAAAUCCCAGUAAAAGAUCAAAAAGAUAAUAGGAGAGAAUAACCAAGAGAAGUAUAGGAUCUGGCUGGGAGAUCCAACUUCUGAGUCAGGAUUUCUAGAAAGAGAACACUGAAUAAACAUAGGGGGAAGCUGUGAUCAAAGAAAUAAGAAAAACUUCCAGAACUGAAGGAGAUGGGUUAGAAAAUUGAAAGGACUCCCUGCGACUUCUAUAAAGAAUGGAGGAAAAAAAUCACACCAAAGCACAUUAUGAAAUUUCAGAACCCUGUGGAUAGAGGUAAGGUUCCAAAAGCUUACCAUAUAAAGGUAUAUACAAAAAACUGGGUCUCAGAACAGCAUCAGAUUUCUCACGUCAGAUUUCUCAAUGGUGACACUAAAAACUAGAAGCCAAGCUAUUAAGAUAACAUGACAUCCAGCAAACAAGGAAUCCCACAUAGGAAAACAGUAAGGAAAACCUCAAGGUGAUGGCACAUGGAAGCCCUAGAAUGAUCACUGCAUAACAGGCCUACAAAGCAACUAUUUCAGGAAUAGGAUGGAACAGGAGGGGAGGGCUCUAGGAGGGAUGUCCCUUUAAGAAAAAACCAGUAAAUUAUCUGAUAGGCUUGCCCAUCUUGAGAGAAGUUUUCUAUCUAUGGCAGAGAGUUAGGGGAUGAAUUACUAAUAAAAUGGCCUGUGUCAUAUGUGGUCUUGAAUCAUUCUACUCCAAGUCCAGCAGUUUUCAAUUCCUGGAAAUAUAAUGGAGCAAAAGGAAAGAGAUCAACCUUCCAUGUUUGUUCUUUUCUUUAAAAACUAAAUAGCAAGAAGUCUUUACAGCAUUUUUAAACACAGAAGAACAAGUUAACAAAUUGAGCUUUUCUUCAGAGAACCUUCAACGGCUUUGAGUUUCCUAAAGGUCAUAUAAAUUCAGACAACUAAAAAGAUGAUUUUCUUAUAGUCUUCUUCCCUUUUUUGUUUUCUUAAUUGUUGUGUGUGUGAAGUGAGUUAUUAAAGUGAAACAUUACUUCUAGCACACAUAUUAGAAUUUGUAGUAAUGAGUUACAUGUCAUUUUGGCAGUACACACAUUGAGGGAUGUAUACUUAAACAAAAAUUAAGACUUUAAGUAAAAUAGGAAUAAUUGGGCAAAGAUUAGCAGGAGAUAGGAGGGCCCUGCAAAGAAAAAAGUAAAAACUAAAAAAUGACAGAGCACCUGAUGCAUAGAGGAAUGAUCUUUAAUCCAUGCUCCAUGCUCCUGGAGAGUUUUGUUAAAGUCAUUUGAAGACUUUUUCUAAUCACCCACCCACAUUUCCAUCCUGAUCCCAUGAUUCUGAUACCUGACUUACUACUUCUUGCUUAUGAGAGUUUUGUGUCCAUCGGGUAUAUCGGGACAGGAUAAAGAUAGGAAGCCAAUGGUUAGCUGGUUAAAAGAAAUUCUCUAGGAUAAGUGAAUCCUUUUAUGGUCCUAUAACCCAGAGAUAAAGCAGGAAUUUGCUAUAGUGAAAAUUUAUCUCAGGUUGAUCUCGUUUCUGAUUUGGGACAAGGUGAGUUUCUUUCAGAGAUCUUUCAAGUAGGGAUUCAAGAUUUUAUAUCUCUUUAGUCUUUACAUUUUCUGGUGCCUUUUUUGAACUGAGUUACUUAAGUGAUGAGAAACUGACUCCACUCAAUUGAACCAAACAAAAUUUUUGCUGACAAAAUGUUGUUAUUCCUUCAUGCACCAUUUAAGAGGACUAUAAUUGAAGUGAAUAAUGUUAAGAAAUUUAUUUCUAAUUUGCCGGUGGCUGGGUAUCUUUGUGUGAUAGUUUUCGGGUCUAAUGUAGCUUUUUUGAUUCUACAGUGUCUCAUGCAGGAGCUUCCAUGUCAUCUGCUUCAUCAGACACUGGAAUGAGUCCUUCCUCAUCAUCUCCCCCACAGAA